GCAGCCACCCGGCUGGAAGAAGUCGCAGGAAUCCGGGCGAAGUUCCCCACAAAAAUCCCGGUAAUUGUUGAGCGAUAUCAUAAAGAGAAAUACCUUCCUCUCUUGGACAAAACCAAGUUUCUCGUUCCUGAGGAGCUGACCAUGACGCAGUUCAUAACCAUCAUCAGAAGCAGGAUGGCUCUAACAGCUACUCAAGCUUUCUACCUGCUGGUGAACAACAAAAGCCUAGCCAGUAUGUCCUUGACAAUGGCAGAAGUGUACAAGGACUACAAAGAUGAAGAUGGCUUUGUGUAUAUGACCUAUGCUUCCCAGGAGAUGUUUGGAUGCUUUUUACCCACUGCUCAAGGGAAAACUAUGGAAUGCCUUCAGAAAACUUAAGGUUGGGUCCAUGUGCUACAGCAAAGCAGUUGGCCAUGAAUCAUGCCUGUGACACGAAUUUCAGAGAUGCUCCUUCCAAUAUGAGCUCUUGAGCUCUGUAGUGGGGAGUUAUGACCCAAAAGCUGGCAGGACC